AUGAGUUCCGUAUCUGACUCCAAUUCGUUCUCAAAUUUAUCGACACCGUCGAAUUCUUUUCCGGCAAAUAAUUCCCAACGGGAAUCUUUCGCUUUUGAUGAUGUUUCAAACAUUGAACAUUGUGUUUGCCCAAUCUGCAAUGAAUCUAUGAUUUCAAUUCAUCAACUUUAUAGGCAUUUAUAUGAUAUUCAUGAUAUUCAUAUAGAUGAUAUAGAUGAUACAUCUACUGAUCAAAGAGAUGGUUUUAUUCAAUUAUUUAAGAAAGCUCAAUCAACUAUUUUGAAUCCUUUAUCAUCAAAGGCAAAAAAUAUUGCUAAUUUACCUCAAAUGGCUAUUAAUAAAUUAAACGAUCUUGAUUCGAAUUGGUUGGAUCAACAAUCUGACCUUGUUACAAAAAUUCAUUGGCAAUUAGAAGGUGAAAAUGAUAUCUGCUCCAAUUCUACUUGCGAUAAAUCUUUAAACUUGAGAAAUGGAAAACAUAAUUGUAGAAAGUGCGGAAAACUUUUUUGUGAUGCUCAUUGCCGUGUACCUAUGAAAUUGAAUAAACAAGCCCAUCAUGAUCCUGAUGGUUUUUGGUGUAGAGUUUGUGAUGAUUGUUUUCAAUCUCGUGAAGAAGGAAAUCGUUUGGAAAAACGUUUGGAAAAGCUUGCCAAAGUUUAUGCUACUCAAUCAAGCCCUGAAAAUAACACACAGGGUGGAUUGAAACCUCCUUUAACUAUGAUGCAUAGAAGGAGAGCUUCUGAACAGUCUAUUGUUAAAUGGGAAGAUGAUGCAUCAGUUACAAGUUGUCCUUUGUGCGAAACUCAAUUUGGCAAGAUAACAAAUCGCAGACAUCAUUGCCGCUUGUGUGGACGCGUUGUUUGUGAAAAAUGUUCUUCCAAAGUUUCCUUGAAUUCAACUAGCUGUUCAG